CCGGGCUGCACUGACUUUCCUCGCAGAGCGCCACCCAUCUCCUCAUCUCUAAACUCCUGUCUCCGUUCACCUCUGCAUUCGGACGCGCAUCCUCUCAUCCAGCAGCAGCCCGAGUGUCUCAGUGGCCGGAACCGAGGGCCUUAUAAGGAAAUGAUCUCACCGGAGCUUAAUUUUAAUUUAUUUACGAGUGACCUUUCACAUUACUUCAAAAACCAAGUUAAAGUCGGGCUAUUUGGCUCUGGGGUUGGACUGUCAGUGGUGCUCGGAUUCAGCGCCGCUUAUGCCUGCUAUUACCUGAUCUCUGUGGCCAAGAAGCCCAUACUGAUAGCUGGAGGAAAGAAGUUUCAUCAGUUCCUGAGGGAGAAAUGCCCCGUGGUCUCAGAGACGUACUAUCCCACUUUCUGGUGCUGGGAGAGCCGGGUGCAAACGCUGCUCAGACCCUUCGUGACCGCCAAGCCCUUGGUCAACUACAGAAAUGAGCUCAUUACAGCACCAGAUGGAGGCCAGAUCUCUCUGGAUUGGUUUGACAAUGAUGACAGCGCGUCCCACCCGGACCAGUCCACGCGCCCCACUGUGCUGCUGCUCCCGGGACUGACGGGCACAAGCCGCGAAUCCUACAUCCUACAUAUGGUACAGCAAAGCCGGGAUCUGGGCUACAGAUGUGUGGUGUUUAAUAACAGAGGAGUUUCAGGUGAAAAGUUACUGACACCUAGGACUUACUGUGCAGCGAACACAGAGGAUCUGGAGGUGGUCAUUGAACAUGUCCAGCAGACCAUUGACAAAGCUCCGCUCAUGGCAGCUGGGGUUUCUAUGGGCGGGAUGAUGCUGGCGAACUAUCUGGGUCGGAAGGGCUCGGAGGUGCGUCUGAAGGGAGUGGUGGUUUUCUCGGCAGGCUGGGAUGUGUUUGAGUGCACAGCUUCACUGGAGAAGCCCCUGGACCGCUUCCUCUUCAACUCCUACCUCACCAGCUGCCUGCAGGCAUCCGUGGACCGUCACAGAACCAUUCUUGAAAAAAAAUAUGACAUAGACCAUGUGAUGAAGGCUAAAACAAUCCGAGAGUUUGAUGAACGUUUCACAUCGGUCAUGUUCGGUUAUCCAUCUAAUGAUGACUACUAUCGAGACGCGAGCCCCAUUCACAAGAUCAAGUCUGUGCAGGUGCCAAUGCUGUGCCUCAACGCAGCGGACGAUGUCUUUUCCCCCAAUCAUGCCUUUCCAGUAGAGGCAGUAAAGCAAAACCCCAAUGUGGCCCUGCUCAUUACCUGUCACGGCGGCCAUAUUGGAUUUCUGGAGGGUCUUUGGCCACGGCAGAGCACCUACAUGGACAGAGUUUUUCGCCAGUUCACCAAGGCCAUGUUUGAGAAUGGCAGCGGUCUGGAUGAUCUCCACUGACCUUCUCUUUCCAUUCCCUCUACAGCCAUGAGCAAAAAAAUCUCAAAAUGAAGGCCACAGGUUCACUUGAGGGCCAAGAUAGUUUUUUUUUUGUCUGUUUUUUAUUUAUUUAUUUAAGUAGUCAUAUUUGAUUUGCAUUUCUGAAACAAAGGUUCUUCUUUGGCUCACAUGUUCCAUCCGUCCAUCCAUUGGUGCACUUAUUUGUUUCUUAAUUGCAUGUCUGUGUAUCACUCUCUUAAUUAUGGAUUUUUAAACAUGACUAAACAUCCACCUGGACCACUGAAUCAUUCACUAGGUGAUAUUACUCAACAUCAAUCCACAUGAGAGCGAGAACGUCCAGAAAAACAUCGUUAGUAGCCCUAAAACCUAUUGGGACCAUGUCAAAAAGAAAUGUCCUGAUUCAAUAAUAAAAUAAUGAUAAUAAAAAAAGAUGUAUAUAUUUUUGCAUAAAGAAAAACGAAGCUUCAUUUAAGAAAUACUCAUGUUUUGACAUUAUUCUCAAAACAAUGAAGAACAUUUCCUUUAAUCCUUUUGCAUAUAAUGCAUAAUUAAAUCACCAUUAUAUUUUAUUUCAAAUAUUGGCAUGCUGUAUACUUAUAAUAGUCACAUUAAUUAAUCACAUUACCUUAACCCUGUAAGUCAGUAAGAUCGAAGAUCAAAUCUUUAGUUAAGCAUUAACUGCUUCCUCAGGAGCAAUUUUUAAAUAAAGAAAAAUUAGUUUUUAAAUUGUUAAAAAUGUAAACAUUUAAAUUUAAAAACAUUAUUUACCUCCACCUCCAUUUAAUUGAGAAAUGGACAUGUUUUUAUGAGAUUUUGUCAAAUUGCACUACUGUAGAAAUGAUUGUAGCCAAGAAUGUUUGAGGGAAUUUGUGCAGUUGUUUUGUGCAAGUCAAAAGAUUUUACCUAAAAGAUUGAUAAUGACCCAUGAUGCCGUAAUACCACGUCCAAGCAAAGAGGUCACAGUCCAGCAACACAUUCUCCUUCUCAUGUAAACGUAAAGGUUUAACUCAUUGGUUUCCAUUGCAAUUGAUGCACUGCAUCCAGGCCUCCAGUUCAGUUCCUAUAGUGUUAAGAAAGGAAGAUUAAGCUAUUGUUGUCUUUACAGUAUCAUUGUAGUGUGUGAAGCCAGUAGAUACUUGUGGUCAUGUAUUUACAGAGAGUAUAUUUCCAACUAUAACUUAAUGUUUCUUUAAAGUAUCUUAAAUGUUACUUUCUUUGUUUCUUUUUAGUUUGUGAUUUUUUUGGCAAAAAACAACAACAACCAAAAAGUAAAAAGACACAUAUGUGGCUUCAAGGAUUCUGUGAAUGUGAAAAUGACUUGAGCUACUGUUUGUCUAAACUAAAAUAUGCUUGCUUUGAAUUGCCUUUUAUAUGAUGGUGCCAUUGAAAUCCUAUUAACAGCUCCUUAAAUGAUCUGAAGAAUGAGAAAAAAAAAUAGCUAUGUGAGAAUGACAGGAAUAGUGAUGGCAGUGAUUUUAUGAGGAAGCUCUUUAUAAUAAACGAUGUAACUGUUCCCGAAUAUAAAUGUAUGUAGGGAUUUUCAUGCAGGAAUGAUAUGAUGUCCAGAACUAGACAUUAGUUAUUGAAACCUAUGAAACCUCCCAGCCAUGUGUUGUAUAUUAACCUUUGUCUGUUUUUAUGAUGGCUUCAUACUGCGCUUCUAACUGUCAACGCCUUUGCUUCUGUAGACUUUAAAGACGCUUUCCUCUCUGCUUCCCGUCCAUCCUGUUCCUGAAUGAGUAGCAUGUGUCACUGUUCUAAGUGUCUCGAGUAACUGUACUGAUAUGCAUCAUAUAACCUGUAGCACAACAGACAUAUUUUUCCAUGAAAAUAUAUUUCCUUUUAUAGAUUUAUAAAAGGAUUGCGUAUUUAACUUGUGCAGCAAUAAGUUUUAAUACAGGAUCUAUGUCUGUGUAGAAUAAAUAUAUGCACAUGUACUUGUAUGGAUUAUAAGUGCAUUUGUGGUCUUAAAUAAAUUCUGGAAUUCAA